ACCGGCGCUGAGGCAGUCGCACAGCAUAAUCUCGCCGACGGCAGAUUACAAUUGAUUUGCCGGUUCGUUUUUUUUUCUUUCACUUUUUAGUACAUUUCCGUAACCCACCUACCUGUCAGUAAUUCAUAUUCCUACCCUAAAAAUAAACCCAAAUGCUACCUACCACCACCCUCUCCUCUUCCUCUAAAGCCUAGGCGGCGUCGACAAAAUUGCGUCGGCGUGGACAGUGUGGGUGCGGAGAUCGGCGGGGGUGCCGGUAGUAACCAAGAAGAGGCCUCCUUCCCCCUCAACUUCUCCGAGCGACUCCCCCCCCCCCCCCCCCCCCCCCCGCCCCGUGUCGCUCCCCCGCGGGGCGGCCCGGGCACGAGAGCCCCUCCCCGCCGCCGGGCAAAGCCCGCGCGGCGUGAGCGGCGGCGGACCUCUUCCUCCCUCUCGCCUGGAGCAUGAGCUGCGCGGGGCUGCUCAACUGGGCCGAGGGGCGCGAGCACAGCGCGGCGCGCUCUGGUGGCUGGGCAUCGCACCCUGAUGCGCUGGAGGCUGGGCGGCACGCGCUUCGUGGAGGGCCGCCGUUUCCGCGUUGGUCGGCGCCUUGCGGGCUCCCGCGGAUCUGGUGCGCCGCGGUUGCGGCGUGGGCAGGGCUGUCCACUGGGCGCGGGGCUGCGCGAUGGCGUGCGCGGGAGUUGCGGGAGAGCUGAGCUCCCGGGCGUGGCGAGCAGGUGGCGUUCCCGAUCUGGACGGACCUGUUCGCGUGUUGGGCCUCCCCGGUGCAGAUCUGGCGGGGUGGCCGGCCGGCGACCUCCUGUGGGCGCGUCCUGGGGGUGAGAUGUCUAGCAGCGCUCGGGCGCCAUGGAGGUGAUCUGCUGGAAGAGCUGGCUGGGUCCUGGGUUUGGGCGGGUGAGGCUGCCGGCGAAAGCCGUACUCCGGCUGCGGCCGGAGCCGUCGAUGGCGGUGCCUACGGGCUCCGUCCCCUUGUUGGAGGCAUCGAUGUUGCAGUCCUCUCCUUCCCUUGCUCGACAUGCUUCAGGGGAAACCCUAGAUCUGGUCUCCCGGGUCGGAUGAUGACGACGCCAUUGGCUAUGCCCGGCAUCGUGUUUCCUCUCGAGGACAUCGUCUUGGAGCUAGACUCGGUCAGAGGGACUAAGUGUUCGUGGAGGUGGUUGGCGACGGCUUAUGUGACAUCUCCAUGAGAGCAGCAGAAGCACCCUUCACAUGCAAGGUGCGCUAGGCAAGUUAUGUUUGCCAAUCUCGUGGGAUUGAAGCGGCAUGUGUUUGCUCUUUCGGACAUAGCGUUCCUCUUCGAUGUCGUCGAGUUUUGUGGAGAUGCUUGUGGCAGCCUGGAUUGACAUGACGGUUUUUGGUGUGCACUUUGGUAGCAGCGAAGGCGCUCGAGUACCCGGCCGGGUGUGUUGUGGGGUGUUUGCCUUUCUGGCGUGUUGUAUGUUUUGUGGUUGUUUUGUGGUGCUUGGCGUUGCUUAGGUUUUCGCCUGGUUUCCCUUGAUAAACCGAGCAAUCAUUUCUUUCUUCUUUUUUAGCACUCGUCUUAUGCGGUGCAUUCCUCCUCUGGGGGUGUUACUUGUAAUACCUCUUCUGAUCAAUGAAUUUGGUAGCUCUCCUGCCAACAUUCUAAAAAAAAAAACUUCUCCGAGCGACUCUGGGGAUUCAGCCAUGUCCAUCACGACGGACGAGGACCACGCCGGAUGGACAUUCGGCGACAGCGCCAGCGGCAGUGACGAGGAAGAGGAAUGUAAGACAAACCCCGUAAUCGAUAUUUCACUUGAUUUGUGUUUCCUCGCGGCUUUGCUUAGUUAUGGAUCAUUGCUCCCGAUUUAACAUACAGCAAAGAGAAAAAUAAUUCAGAAACAAUAAUAACAUCUUGCUGAAUUAGUUAUACAGACUUGCCCUAUAAUUGAAAAUAAAAUCGUGUUUUUGAACAUGAGGUCCGUGCUUAACUUGAAGAUAUUGGGCACACACCCUUAAUAUGAAUGUGGAUUUUUUUUUUCAGGUAUACUGAGUGUAGCCUAGUCAAUCACAGUUGGUUUCUCUGCAAUGCUUUCUGUAGUGAUUCAUCUAGGGAUUUUUAGCCUUGUACAUUUAGCUUCCAUGUCAGUAAGGGAUGUACGGAUUGUGCAAGUCCACAUCCUAGACAAAGUUCUUACUUGAUUUCACUAUUUCGAUGAUUUUGCAUGUAGGGACAAACCGACCUUUUACAGUUGACGAUUUUCCAAGGGUUAGUUAUGACCGUGGUGAACAGACUUAUAGAAUCUAUGCGAAUCCUGAUUUUCUUCUUCGUGGCCCUGCGCCACUCUCUCUUUUCCGUGCAUACAAUGACCCCCUUGUUGAUAAAGAGAGGGAUUGGUUUUGUGAAGAGUAUGAACUCCAUGACGAGUCUGAAAUCACUGUUAACGAUGUUGGGAUCAAUGAUUGCUCAAAUAGCUGUGAUCGAUCUACAAUGGUCUUGGUGCAGUUCUUUGAUCUUAAAAUCGUUGGCUAUCACCAUACCCAGCCUGGACCUGCCAAAAUAUUUGGUUUUUUCGCAGCACGGGAUCGGAUCAAACCCCUGCGCAACUAUGUCUACAAGCGCGAGAUUGAUAAUUAUGAAGCUGUGGCUGUGAAUCGGAAAAUGGGUACUGCACGUUUAUCACUGGGAAGCCCUGCUCGAGGUAUCAAUAUGACAGACCAUGUGUUGUUCGAAUUCAAACUUUGCAUACGGAUUGAAGGCCAACCAGACGAGGGGCCAAAAGAGGAGCUUCUAAUUGAAGGAUGUACUGAGUUGAGCAAUAUGUUCAGACCAUCAUUUGUUGAAACCCAACGUCUUUAUGGAGAGAAGUGUGGAUUGGACCUGAAGUUUGCCGUACUGAACAGCGCAGUUCAAGCAAAGAUUGAUGUUGAGAUAGUUUACGCUCCUGCAUGUGGCCUUAUUCUGAAUCUGUAUGCCAAGACGAGUGGCUUCGGGAAUAUUAUCCGCCUGUUUCGUGGACGUUCAAAAGCCGGUGGUAGAUUCAGUUCUGUUGUGGGGGUUUUGAUAGAUAGCUACCUUGAUGUUUGCGUUGAAGGGUCUUCCAGAGAGGGUCUUUGUCAGAGGUCGCCUCAAGACGGUUGUGGUCUUGAUCAGAAGCUGCCCUGUUAUACCUGGACAGGCAGAUUUGAUGCAUGCUAUCGUGGAACAGUGGUUGAAAAGGUGAAGUUUGAUAAAUUCACUACGAUUUCAGUGAAAGUGACUUGGAGUAUGGUCGAUGAAGAAUGGCGCAUCCGAUAUGCUUAG